AAAUAAAUACCACUACAGAAAUCUGCUGCGGAAAGCUACCUCACGGAAGGUUUAAAGACGGACACGAGUUAGGAUGUUUUCAAGACAUGGUUUUCGACAAAACGCUCAUGGUUGCUUGUGGAGGUCGACUGGAAUUCAGAACAAGUGUGGAGAGGGAAUACACGAAAGACUUCUUCUGCUGUUUUGGCCAGUUUCAUACAAAGGAUAACUAUGACGGAUGCUGUCAUGGUGAUAAGGAGCGGUUGUACAAACGCAGAUUGCAAGAGUGUUGCAAUGGUGUCGUGGUCGAUCGCAAUAUUGGUACUGCUCAGGUGUGCCGCGGAACAGAACUGGUGGAUAGAAAUGACGGAAUAAAUAGAUUACGUCAAUGCAUAGGACCACACGGACAAAAUAUAUUAUACGAUUCAAGCCGCUAUGUUUGCUGCACACAAACCGGUAUGUUGAUGACAAAACCAGACCCAGGUCCAUAUUUCUGUCACGAUGAUGGGGUAUAUAAUUCAUAUCAAAUGCAACUUCUACGUCUAAACAAUGGCACUAAAGUUGUAGUCCAAAAAGGCAUCGAAACGUGUGGGAACGCUUUUAUUACAACGCAAGAUCCUUUUUAUGACAUAAACUGCUGCGACGGUAUUGUCCAUCACGUAGAAAAGAGCAAAUGGAAUACGAUGGAAUGUUGUGGGACAAAGAUGUUUAACUACACAAGCCAAACAUGCUGCAACAACACUAUUUACAACAGUGAUACGGGUUGUUGUAACGGACAUACACCUUACAUUCUGAAGGCCGAAGACUGUUGUGAAAAUAAAGUCAUCGACAGAGCCAAGGAGUUGUGUUGCAGAAACACCAUAGUGACAAAGACACAUCCUUCUCAUUACGAAUGUUGCUACAUUAACCGAACAUGGACAACAUACAAUGAACUCGAUCCGCCUGAUGAGUGUCUUUCGAAACAUAUAAGAAAUACAUUCCGCAUCAGUCCUACAACACCAGGAAGAAGGUCGAGAUGGAAUCAAAACACAGCAAAUGAAACUACAAUGAGAAUCCCAUUAGACGAAUGUCCGUUCACAGAAUGUUACAAUGGGAAACAACGUUCAGCUUGCAGGAAACUAUAUGAGCUUGAUGUUUAUCUUGAAGACGUACUUUUAAUCACUAAUGGAUCAAAUCUAAACGUGACAAUUAUCCAGCCGGAUGAAUUUGUUAACAGGAAAGUCACAAUUUUUAUGCCAUACACUUGCCCAUGCCUCGAAAGGGGCUAUGUAUACACGCUGUUUUCAAGCAGGAGAUGGGUUCGAAAAUUGACAAUAUACGGUGACCAUACGUUUGCAAACUUUCCAACAAUAAACAAAAAGGAUUUUAUUGUGAAAAGAGGAAGUGGGGAGACAAACUUUACAUGUGAAAUUAGAGGAAAACAUUCCGAUUUCUACAAUUCAUGGAGAGGGUCACCACUGUAUUAAGAUUUCACACAGUCGUUAAAUUGGGUAUGCAAUUCACGUUGGAUAAAAACGAACAUGCAACAUUGAGGAUUAAUCAACCAUGUUUUCUAUGAAUCAACAGGACCA